UGGUUCGAGGCCGAAUAUUGAUAUUGAAGCCGCAGAGGUAGACGCACCCCGCCACAAAUCGAUUAUUGUUGCAACACAUCAAUAAAACCAAAAAUGUUCUUCUCCAACGCCCUGGCCUACGUCGCGGAAAAAAAAGCCUCCAAGGACCCCUUUUUCGCCGAUUUUACGAUCGACGGAACAGUGGAUGUGGAUGGAGAACAGCAAGAAGAUGAUGAGGAGCACAAAGAACACAAAGGGGAAACUCAAACUACUGAUAGAAAGUCUUCGCCAUGGAACUCGAACUCUCACAGCCAAGAAAACUUUUGCAGCAAAGAGUUUAUUUUUCGCGGGUCCUCCAAGGACUACAGCAAGGAAAAGGAUGUACAGCUUGCUAAUCUCCGUGGUUCAGAUCCAGAACAAUCUGAGACAGAAGUGGUGCUGGACGUGCGGGACCUGCUGGAGGAAGAUCAAGAUGAGCAGGAAAAAAUAAUUCCAGUCGGGAUAAAGAACGAGCAUGAUCUACUACUUGUUGGUGCAGCGAAUAAGAAUAAGACUGCUGGCGCUUUUUCCACCUCCAUGUCACCGUCAGAACAAGAUAUGGGUAAGACAUCGGGCUCCAUUCUUUCCACAAGCAACCCCACUGCAACAACCUCCCUCGCCGACGACCACGACGGCUUUUUCCGGGCGAGUCUGCGCAGCGCGAUUUCUCCCUCGAAAGAAAAAGCACUGGUGGAGCAUUUACAGGAUCAUGUUGAGGGAAAAAGAAAAACUACAAAUGCUAUGACAAAUCACGGUCAGGAUCACGACCAGGAGCAUACGGGGGAUCAAGGAGCAUCCUCGACGUCUCGAGGACGACUGGAACAAAGUAGACCAGAAGGCGAUGGGAGCAUGAGCAAGACUACGAAGAAAAGCGUCGUCAAGUUCGGCGGGAAUAUCGUAAACUGCACUUCCGGAGGGAGUAGCAGCAGCAGCAGCGGCACAUCGAGUAGUUCUUCAGCUGCUAGCCCAAGUUGCAAUUCCGGCGCAGCUGUCGCUGAGAAAAACACGACUUCCGCUUCCUCCACUGCGACAGCAAGAACUUGUGCCUCGCCUUCCAUCUUCUCCAGAAAAAGGCCCAGUUUUAGUUCAUCGUCGUCCGCAGCCACCGCGAUUUUGUCCGGAAAGUUGCCGAAAAACCAUCAGCCCGCGAAAAUGAAGAAGGUGUCUACUGAGGAUGCAGACUUAUUUAAAGCAAAGCCGGUGCAGCCGUUCUUGUUUUAUUUGCAGCAGCAGCGGCAGGAGCAGAGUUCAUCUUGUCACGACGAGGUGCUGCAAUUGCAAAGCAGCAAUACAAUUUGCAAGAAGACGAAGCUGCAGCAUGUUGGACGAGAAGCGUCAGCUGCCCUGUUGGACAAGAAGCAGCACGUUGGACGACGAGAAGUGGCAGAGUGCGAAAAAGAAGAAGAAGGACACGACAAGAAGGAUGAUAACGAAAGAAAAAUAGAUACGGAUUUCAAGUUUUCACGCGCAGGCGGCCUAGGUGGAGCUGCCGGGGGUGCAGCAGCAGCUCCACACACGGGGCGGACCGACGUGCUCUUAGCGGUAGACGAGGAACAGGGUGGUGAUGCGGUAAAAAGUGGCGAACCCGAAGAUGAAGCUCCUGGUCCUGCAGGUACUGAUACUGUAACUGGUACAUCUUCAAGUCAUGGGCCUGCUGCGACGAGCCUAGUUACUAGGAAACAGGUCGUGCUUCAUUCCGAUUCACCCUCGCGGGUAGGUGAACUCCAGGUCCAGGUGGAGGACCACCUUCACGAGGCAGGAGAAGCAGGCGCCGCGAUGAAAGGGGAUGAAGUAGGUGGAUUUCUUUUGCCGCUGCCACGUCGACACGGUGAACAAGCGGCUGUUGAAAAAAAAUCCGAGUUCUACAACUACAACUUGGAAGCUACGACAGGGCAGGGACUAGGUCGACGAAAGAACGGCGCCAGCAAUAACACCUUGAAAGUAGAACCAGAUGGAGUUGUUCUCACUCCUCCCGCUCAAGAAGUAGAAGAUCAUCGAAAAAUAACCGAAAAUCAGGCUGACGUGAGUAACUUUUUUGUGGCGUUGCAAUACAAAGAAUCCUCUUCCUCUUCCUCCGCCUCGUCUUCUGCCAGUGGUGAUAUAAUUGACCCACGUGGUGUGGCACCUUCUAGUACGAGGAACAGAACCACGCAUAGUCACGGCAACGAAGAUGUUGAUGAAGUCGACAGUGAAGCUAGCCUGGAAGAACAAGAUGGUUUGCUGGACGACGACGAUGAUAAUGACUCUUCACGGAAAAAUAAACAUUCCUCCGGCCGCGUGGCCUCAUCAUCAUCUCGCGGUCGUGAACGGAAUCGAUCGGCUGGCACGUCGACGUCGACCCGAGGUAGAAAUAAAAUGAAGAAGCCAUCGUCUUUCCACCCACACCCUGCUACCACACAGCAUCUCAAAAAUCCCGCUGCCGCCUCUGCACCGGAACUGCGCUUACAGCUGCGCCUUCUCACCGAGUACAACGCCGAAUUGGAAACCGAGUGCGAAACGAGGCAGCGCGAGAUCCGCGAGUUGCGGCGGUUGUUGCGGGACAAGCAGGAACACAUCGCGAUGCAGAAGUCGCAAUUUCUGGAGUUGGAAUCGCAAACAAUCGAGAAGGAUUUGCGGAUUAAGAAGUUGGAGAAGGAAUACAAGGAGUUGGACGAAAAAACGUCCAUGCGGAUCACGAUGUUGAAAAAAUCCGCACACAGCCGCGGCGACAGGGACCCGCACCCGCUGGGGAAUUCUUCGACCUUGACCACGAACAACCACAAUUUUCUCCAGGGGUCCGCGCACUUUCUCAACGCGGACUUUUUGGAGGAGAUCACGAAGCACGACACGCUGCUGCACGCGGAGAAGGAAUUGUUCAUAAAACAGAUGCUGGGUUUCGUCGGGGGAGAAGUGUACGAAAAAUUGAACCAAAAGGACCAGCAGGUGAAGCAGCUAAAGGAAACGCACGAGCAGCAGUUAGCGGACUUGCGGAAACAGCUUUUGGCCGAAGACCGGAAAUUUACGGAGAAGAAAAAGUUUUUCGAAAAGCAGAUCAAGCAACUGGACAAGCAGCUGAAGGAAACGGCGGUAGAGCUAGCGGACGCGCAAGACAAGUUGGACAUGAAGGAACUGCUAGAGGCGAAUAAGAUCAGAGAAAACAAAUUCGCAAAGGAGGAGCGAGAAAAUUACGAAAAAAAGCUGCAAGAGAUGGAAAACGAGGUGAAAAAACUUGACGUGGAAGUGAAAGACCGGGAGAGCGCGUUGCGCCUGCGGGACGACAAAAUUGCAGAUUUGGAGUUCGUCGUGAAGCAGUAUGGAGAACAGAUGAAUAAUAUGGUGGAGACCACAGGUGGCACUUCUUCUAACCGCGCGGGAGAGGAGGGAGGCGCGGCUGGGGCUGCUGAUGUUGCUGGUGUUGUUUCUACGGACAAAAACAUGACCGAUAAUCCAUACUUGAUGCCGGCAGCUGCCUCACUUUCCGCGACUAGCCCUAGUCCGACCCGACGAGGGGUGUUUCAUGCUCCCAGCUCCACAAUUGGUACGGCAUCAAAAAGUCCGUUUAUUCAGAAGUCUUUUUCAUCCGCGUCCAAAUUCGACCAGCACAAUUUAAAAGACCCGCACAACUUGCUCCGGAACAUGAUCAACAGCAACACAAGCUCCUCUUCCGCUAUUAUCCUCGGCAAAAUUAUCGUACAACUCGUAGUAAUCGCAAUCAUGCAUUACAAAUUCCUUGGCUCCAAUGGGAAACCCGCAUUACAAAUUCUAUUUCUCACGCGGGACCGCCAGGCGAAAGCCUGCCAUGGGUUUCACUGUCCACGGGUGGUGUUGCGGGUAAUCCUGGCGAAAGCCAAAAACCGGCAGAAAAUGGGGCCACGGAAGAGUUCUUGCUGGACAUUACCAACAUUUGCCCACGCAGAGCCGUCCUCUUGCCGGACACACCCAACAUCUGUCCGAAACAGCCUAGGGCCAAGACGACACCGUGAGGACGACCACAGGGGGCUCGUCUCAAUGAUGAUGAUGACGCUGAGAGAAUUUAUUUGUCAUGCGAUUGCUACUACUACGAUACUUUUGCACAGCAUAGCCAUCGUCCCCGCGCAGUUCCUUCGGCAAUUGGAACAGCAGCAGAAUUUGCUGCAGCAAAAUUUCGAAAAGGAAAAACUGUACUUGGAGCGCCGAAUUGCCGAAGUCGAGGAGGAGCGGGACGCGGUGAGCGAUUUGUUAAAGAUAGAGAAGUAUGAAGUGUAAAUAUGUCUGGAUCAGGAAGAGUGCAGAUUUUUGUCAUGCUGUUUUUGCAUGACACAGAAGGUCUGACAUGGAAGCCCUAGCAUCUCAGAUUUCGAGAGUUAUCUUUCGCAUUGCCGAAUCCGCAUGACAUCAAAUCCCCCAUUUCGGUGACAGGAAACGGGCAUCUUUUGCUGCCUCUGCAUGAGAGAUUUGUGUGUGUUGUGAAAUGCGCAUCACAAGUUCGCAGCCUUCCAGACCCAGACAUAUUUGCAUUUGAUAAGAAGCAAAAGUUUUUGAAAGAUUUGUCGGAAACGGAAAAAAAUUGGCGGGAACGGGUGGAGGAGCUACAGGAGAGUUUGCACAAAGCGGUGCAGGGGAAAAGUUUUAGUACUGUUGGAGCUGCGCAUCCGCAUGACAAAGAUCCACUGACUGGCGGUGUUUCAGCAACGCCUUCCGAAAUAAAAUCCGACGAGGACAGGAAGAAACAGGAGGAAGAGCGCUCCCAAUUUGUGAAAAAACUGGAAGUGGAGUUAGAAGAUUGGAAGGAAAAGGCCCGCGAGCUGAAAUCGAUUUUGCAGGGAAGAUAUGCAUUGCAAAAGCAUCGCACUAUAUAUGAACCAGCCAUGCUCCGGCUGCCGCCGGAGUGCAAGGCUGUUGGGCGGGGGCAAGACUGUUGGCUGAUCGGACCAGAACGCCAUGGGCCUGCGCACAAAGAAACAUGCUGGAGCUCUGCCGCCUGGUUGGGCCACGCCAACCCGCAGCACCACUUGCGCGCCUCCCGCGCCUGCGGGCGCUCUGCGCAGGGAGCAGCUGCAAAGAACGCCGGGGGCGAACAGAAGCCGCCCGGCGCGAGAGGGUGGCGCGAGAGGGUGGCGCGAGAGGGUGGCGCGAGAGGGUGCGCGAGAGGGUGCGCGAGAGGGUGGCGCGGAAAGGCGCCGAACAAAACAAGGCCGCGAUAUGCCUGCAAUGCCAAAUGUGGGGACUACCAUGCGGAUUCGCGCCCGCUUUUUUGUGUUUUUACCCUCUCGCAGACCCCUCGCAGACCCUCUUUCUGACCUCUUUUGGGGGCCCCCGCUAAUAGUCCGGCUAUACUCGCGGGUAGAGGUCGACAGAGGUGGCCGAGAGGUGGCCAAGAGGGUCCGCGAGAGGUCGCCCCUUAUUCGCGCCACCUCUCUCCACCUCUGUCGACCUCUCGCGCCCCCUCUUUUUGACCUCUCUGCACCCUCUCAGGCACUUAGGCGGCGCCUUAAGGUGAGCGCUUCGGCGGGCCUUAUUCGCGCGCCCUCUCGCCGACCCUCUCGAACGGGGUCCCGCGCCACCUCUCCACCUCUGUCGACCUCUUUUUUACCUCUUUUGACCUCUUUUUUACCUCUCGGCCACCUCAUGUCUACCCUCUGUCUACCUCUUUUUUCGCAUGAAUAUAAUAUAUAGUAAUUGCAUUACAAAUUUUUAAGUAUACGAAAUGGAAUUUGUAAUGCUCAUUGACCUUAGGAAGAAGAUUUGUAAUGCAUGACUGCAAUUUAUUUUACUUACGAGUGCGAUACUUUUGCACAGGAUAGAAGAGAAAGAAAUCUGAUCGAGGAGCAGAUGGAGAACAAACGGCUGAAAAAGGCGCGAGAAGAGCUGGAGAAGGAAGUGAAGAAGCUCGAGAAGGAGAAGAACAAAGCGACAGCAAACGAGGGAAAAGCCACACGAAAACACCAGAAAGAAAAGUCUUUACUGGAGAAAAUCAACGCUGUUUUGGAAGAAGAGGAGGGCGGCAGCAGUAGCGCUACUGCGGGACCGGGACGAGAGGACGAGAGUCAGGUGGACUACAGCAACACCUUUCUAUCGGGAGCAGGACGACCAGCGAGCAAUAAAUCCGAGAAAACGAAAGCCACUUCAACUUCGCGCUCCGCCUCCGCCCGCAGUGUGCGAGACGGCGGUUUUUCUGACAAGAAUUAUGGCACUGGUGCUGUAGUAGACAAUAGCAAGAAGAAAAAUCUGUCCUUCUGGGACCAGGGUACGAAAAGCAAAGACAGUCCUUUCCUACAGGUUGAGAACGACCCGCAGAAGAACUUGAUCCAGGUGCCGUUUCCGAGGGAAAGAAGUAGUGGCACAAGAGUAUCCCCGGCUGAUGUAGAUGUUUCCAAAUCAACAUCUUCGCAGAAGAUUAGAGGGAGGAGUAGUCCGACGCGAAACUACGUUCCACAAGAAGCCGGUGGCGGUUCUUCCUCUUCCUCUUCUCGCUCUGCUGCAACGACAGCGAAGAAAAACGAAGAGAAGCAAAUCCUGCGUACUAUUCGGGCGUUGAAACAACAAGUACAGAACGCGGAAAGCCGGGCGGAGGAGAUGGAGAUGCGGGAGGCGCUUGAUGUUCUGCAACACGGUGAAAUGAAUAACGCGGCAAGAAGAGGCGGCUUGUUACGCUCCCCACUAGCUGAUUUUUACAACGGCAACAACUUCUCGCGACUCCAAAGAGGUGGACUCUCGUCCCCAACGACCUCUAGAAGGAUGGCUGGUGGUUUAGCAGCAGAACCAUUACCCCCUGCAACCAGCCCUUCCUUCCAAUCCCGGUCCGGUUUUAUCCUACAGAGCCUCGAGAAUUCCCGAAACGCGGUGAAAAACAGUAUGAGGAAAAGCAAUUUUGGAACGACGACGACGACGGACACAGGAGCAGACUCCAUGAGCACGCCCUCGGGUCCCUCAAAAUCCUCGGCUAGCACCUUCGUGAAAAAUUUAAUCGAUCAGUUGUUUUCGGACAAAUUGGAUCAGUUGGAACAGGAGUUCAAGGUGAAAAUGGAGGAAUUGCACGUUGAGGAGGACAAGUAUGAACUGCAAAAGCACCGUACUAGUAGUAUGUAAUUGCAUUACAAACCACCUCAGAAUGACAAAUGGAAUCUGUCAUGCUGUUCCACAUUGGGAUCGAGAUUUGUAAUGCAUAAUUGCAAUUAGAAAUUACUACGGAUGCGAUACUUUUGCACAGCAUAACAAAGCCUUGGCGGCAAUUGACGAUUUGGAGAACGAGGAGAGUGCAAAAUUGGACAAGCAGUUCUUCGAGUUCGAGGAUGAGGAUAUGAAGAAAGAACAAGAAGAGGAAAUUCUGAACCAGAAUCACAUCAGAGAUGAGAAGAGUCGGGUAGAGAGUUUAACUCGAAACACGUCCAGUUCCAGUGCGAAGGUAAAGGUUUCAACAUUGGGGCAAGAUAUUAAUAGAAGGGAUCGGUCGAAAAGCCGCGAAGAAGGUUCAGUAAUGUUGGAUGACGAUGAUGUUGAAAAUAAAGAGCAAACCCCUACCGCCCUGUCCCAAGAAACUGGUAAAAAGACAACCACAUCUUCUACCUCCAGACCCGCCAUGAAGUUCGCCUUGUCUAAUUCUCUUUCCGGAAACAACGCUUUGAAAACGGAUAUUGCGGCGAGGUCCAGUUCCCCAACGAUGAAUAACGGAAAAAGCCCGAAAACCACCACGAAAAAUGCAGGCAACACGACCAGAAGUAGAAACCAAUACAACACGAACACGUCAAACAAGAGCAAUAAACCGACUUCCGAAGUGGGAAAGCAAUCCGCGCGGGACCGGCACUACAAUCGGAAACAGAAGCUGCUUUUGCACAAGUAUGAGCCGAAAAAGAUGAAAGUGAUGAACGAAUUUGAGGAGAAACGAAACAUCUUAUUAGUACAGCAAGAAGCGGAUUUGGAAAAGUUCGAAUUGAAGCGGCAGAACACUCUCGAGGCGGUGAACAACGCGAUCCAAACGGACUUUGAGCUCAUGACGUUGAAGAACGAAAACAACGCGAAAUUCGGCCACGGUCGCAACCAGGAGCACUUUGCGGAGUUGGCGGAGAAGUGCUACGCGCAGGUGGAAGAACUGAGAAACAUGCAUGAAAAAGAAGUGGAGAAGCUGAAAAGAGAACACGAUUUAUUGUUGGAGGAUAUCAAAUGCAAAUAUGUCUGGGUCUGGAAACUUGUAAUGCUGGGCUGUCAAUAGUGAAUGGUCUGUAAUGCACAGCCAAGCAUGAGAAACAUUUGCGAGGCUCAGCGUUGGCCUCUCUACAUGACAAACUGCGUUUUUGCAUGACAAGCAAAAGGGUCUCUUCUUGGACAUGCAUCACAAACUUUUCAGUCAUGCCAGACAAGCAUGACAAACCUUGCAUCCUUCCAGACCCAGACAUAUUUGCAAUGCAUAGAGGAAAAAAUUUUGCAAAAAACCGACCAGAUUCUAACCGACAGCACCAACGAAAUCCGGGGGAAAGAGACGAAGUUUGAAAACGAAAUUAAGCAGUUGGAAGAGUCGUACGAGCGGAAAAUCUCGCUGUUGAAACUGGAUUUGGAAACCACGGCGAAGCAGAUUGAGAAGAAGGCAAACUUAGAUUUUAUGGAGUGCAAAAAUGUCUGGGUCUGGAAGAUUGCUACAUUGUCACGCAUGUCUGACAUGACUCAAGAAUCUGUGAUGCAUGGGCACGAAGCGGUCUUCUUAACUGUCAUGCAAAAACGCAGUCUGCCAUGCGGAACACGCAACACAAAGGAGCCCAAAAAUUUGUCAUGCUUGGCUCCGUAUUGCAGUCGAGCUCCCAUUCACUUCUAGCAUUACAAGUUUCCAGACCCAGACAUCUUUGCAAUGCAUAGAUUUGGAGAUUCUGCAAGAAAAAUUCGACAAUCUGCAGAAGGACUACGCGUCGGAGAAAAAAAUCGCGGCGGUUUUACGGGAUCAGGCGUUUUGUGUUGGGGAAAUCGUACAGGAUCAGGAUGACGCUAAUGCUCCUCCUGCUGCUACCACCUCUGAAGUACUAGAUCCCCUCGAUGCUGGCGCGGGCGCACAAAGUCGUGCAGCAAAAACAAGUCCGGAAAAAAACAGCAAGCAAAAGCUCCUCGACUAUUUCAUCUCCAUUCGCCAGGCUUCGGAGUCAGGAAAUGGCAGUAUCGCUACCAGUCCAGAAAAGCAGCUCGAUUUGAUAAGGCAGAAGCAGGAACAGGUGACCCAGAUGAAGGAAUUGCACUCCGAGGUUCAAAGGUUAAAGCAGGAACUCGCACACUUAGAGCUCUCCAAGGUAGACCACGAGAUGGAAAUCGUCAAGCAGAGCGAGAAAAGGGAGAAGGAGAAUUUAAAAUCGUUAUUACAGGCGCGAAAGGAGAAGGAUGAAGUGCAAGUGAAAUUGAGUACCACCACCGCGGAGUUACAUUCGAAAACGGUCACGAUCAACGAAUUUUUGCCGAGGUUGGAGAAGGAGUUGAAAGAUUUGAAGGAAGACUUGCAGCUGAAACAGACUAUCAAAAUGAAAAAUCCCCCCUCCCCAUAGAUAUUGAAACGGAAAUUUCUGUUGCUGGAUUUGUGAACACAAAUCAGCUCUGUUUUGCAGUGGGGCACUACAAGCAGAGCCUAAAGCCUGCGUGGGGGGGGUUUGGCGUAGGUGCUUAGCAUAGCAGAGGCCUGCCAAGAUGCCGCCACAGCAUUACAAACCGCCUGCAUAGCGCGGCGGAUUUUUCUUUGGAUUUGCCUUCUUGCAAGAGAGACAGGAUUUCUGAUCACAAUUCAGCAUCACACACAAAUCUUUAGGAGCGUACCUUUUCAGUAUAAUGGGGAGGGGAGAUUUUUCCUCACAAUACAGACCCGAAUUGAGAAGCUGCAGAAGGAGAAAAGGAAACUCACCGAUUCUCAAUUUGAGCAAACGCAAAAGAUGAAAGAGGACAGUGCUGGAGAGUAUCCUGUGCAAAAGUAUCGUACUCGUACUAAUCGCAUCCAUGCAAGACAAAUUUCUUUUUCAAGCUAAAUCAGCAUGAGAAAUUCCAUUUGUCACGCUGAGCCAAUUUGUAUUGCAAUACUACGAGUACGAUGCUUUUGCAGUUCAUAGAGAGGUGAACCAGCUGAAACUGGAAUUGAGUAAAGCGAAUCACGAGCUGCAUAGUCAGACGCUGAAGAAUAUGAAUUGUAAAAAUGGCUGGGUCUGGAAGAAUGCCAGACUUGUCAUGCAGAUUCUGUAUGAUCCAUGACGCCUGUAUUGCAUGAGCUAGCAUCACAUAUGUCCAGAGGGCCUCCUAAUGCCUAUACCGCAUGAGAAAUGCUCUGUCCGCGUAGCACAAACUGGACUCCUGUUGCUGGUCAUGCAAUACUAAUUUUUUUGGAAUCCAAAGACAGCAUUACAAGUUCCAACCUUCCAGACCCAGACACUUUUGCAUUUGAUAAAGAAUGAGAAAUUGGAGAAAUUAGUUGUGGAAACAGAAGCGGAGUUGAAUCGGUUCAAAACGGAAGUUAUCACAUGCAAUAAUAUGUCUGGUUCUGGAAGAAAAAGAAUGCAAGUUUGUCAUGCUUGGUCGACAAGACACAAAAGUCUGUCAUGCUCGUUGCGCUACAGUGCCACUUGUUUGUCAUGCAAAAAGGCAAUUUGUCAUGCGGUUAACGCUAGAUAGAGUCGCUCAGAAACUUGUCAUGCGCGGCUCUGCAAUACAGUUUGCGUAUGAUUCGGACAUUAGCAUGACAACUUUCCAGACCCAGACAUAUUUGCAAUGCAUAGAAGUGGUGGAAGAGUUGAAGAAGAAUCACGAAGAGAAACUGGCGGACACGAUUUUGAAACAUGAAGAAGAGAAGAAAGGUAUGAUGGGGGAGCACGAGGAAAAAGUGCGGAAGUUGGUUUUGAUGAAAACUGUCGAUGUAGACGGAGGAGAAGGAGGCGCGUCGAAAAAGAGCCGAAGAAGCCGCUCCCUGUCGAGCAAGAAGAGCAACAGAAAAUUGUCACAACAAGGUAAAAGCAAAGAGCCUGCUCCUUCCCGGCGCUCUGUGGACGCGACUUUGGCGAAAUUGACAGAAAAAGAACUCAGAAGGGAGGCGGCGGAGUGGAAGCGGAAAGCGAACUACUUGGAGAAAUUGCUGGACGAGGCGAGGGACCGGGAGCAGGAACUGACCGAAAGGCUGUACAGCGGAAAAGGAAGAGGAGACCACACAUCGCACAGAAAUAGUGCAGGAGCUGUUGCAACUACAUCCAAAAAUCUUUACACGGCCAGCAGUGCAUCUCCGACUUCUGCAGCCGCAUCUAGCCUAGUGCAGAAGGACGAAAAAAUCAGGAACUUAGAACAGCAACUCGAAUCGGAGAAGCAGCAGCGGGAACAGGAAAAGAAUUUAAACACGUGGCUAUCAAAAGGAAAAAUCCCCCCUCCCCAUAUCGAAAUGGAAAUCUGUGAUGCAGGAUUUGAGGUACCAAAUCGACUUGUCAUGCUAGAAGGCCAAGAGCCGCAGUCGUGGUCCCUUUUGCAGGCAAUUUGUCAUGCUGUUUCCCACUCUCAGCUGCCUCCUAUCAUGCUGAAGAUGCAAGGCUCCCCCACGCCACCCAGCACUACAGUCCGCAUCUUUUCCCGUGUAGCAUGACAAAGCUGAUUUGUGACAACAAAUCUGCAUCACAGAUUUCCGUUUUGACAUGGGGAGGGGGGAUUUUUCAUUUUGAUAGUGGCUGUUGCAAUCUUCCGCAUUUGGAUCGUCAAGUAGAGAACAUCGCGGCGACUUCUAUCAAAUGCAAAAAUGUCUGGGUCUGGAAGAAUGCGAGCUCUGUCAUGCUAGUCUGGCAUGACUCUUAAAUCUGUCAUGCACGUUACCCAAGAGCCUCAUUUUGCUGUCAUGCAGAAACGUGGUUUGUCAUUCAGAAUAGGCAACACCUAGAAGCUCAAAAGCUUGUCAUGCUGAGCCAGCACUUGUGGCCUGUUCAUGAUACGCCACCCAGCAUCACAAGUUUCCAGACCCAGACAUUGUUACAAUCCAUAACUUCUUCGACAGUACAACUAGCGGUGGGGGCGGUGGCAGGAUGAAGGAUAGAUAUCCUGAGAAAAAAGCGUUACACGUACACAUUGUGUUGCAGGCCAAGCAAGACAGACAAGCUCUGGCAUGCCGGAUAUGCAUAGGGGCUUCGUUUCAUAGUUGUUUUCCCGUAGGAUUUUUGCAUUACAAGUUUUCUCUCUCAUGCAGCGAAAUUUGUGUUGCUGAAUUGGCUACAAAUGUGUAACUGUAACACUUUUUUCGUGGGAUAAUAGACUACCGAAAGGUAGUACUGCCAUGGGAGCUUCGUCGAGUAGCAGCAGUGUGGCAGAUGAUGCAAAGGUGGAAAAGACGCUGCUGUAUAGGAGAAAGAAUGACGAUGAUGAAGAAAACGGCGCUUCCGACAUUUCGGAACAAGAUGCCGAUGGCAUGGCGGCCGCAGUAGAGACAACUUCUGUGAGCAAAGACUUUCUUUUCCUGGAAGGUGAUCAUUUGAUGACGGGGCCAGCGUCUUCCUCUGGAAUUGCGUCGUCUUCCUCUAUGUCCCCUUUUUCCAGCCUGAUCCCCUCUGUAAUUGGCAGCAAGGACAGCAGUUUGAUGCCCAACAACUCCACCUCUGGAUCAAUCGCGAUGGAGGUGAACUACAGUGCGCCGGCCAGUCAACAUGGUGCUGGUUCUGCGGCAAUAGAAAUAUCUACGACUUCUCGAUCCACAUCAAAGGCAAGCAGCUGCGGUGGAUCAUUGUCAACCUCCCUGCGUCGAAGUGAACAGGUAGAAGUACAACCUGAGCAAGAACGCCCACCAGCGCGGUCGGGACCGGAUUUUCUCUUCUACCAGGAAACCACGCCAGCGAUGUUUUUGAAAAACAAAAAGUCGCCAGCGGCUUCCACAUACGGCGGUGCUUCAUCAUCAGGAGCUGUUGCUGUUUCUUCUUCUUCCUCUGCAACACCUCUGGCGCCAGCAGUCCAACCUCUUCGCGACGGUAUAGAAAUUAGGCCGCAGGAACAGGUCGAGGAAGAGGGCUUUCAGGGUUUGCGCGCUCCCCCAACAAGUACUAGAACGCGACCACGGGUUAGUUUUAGUACUAACAGUCGAAAGAACUACGAGCUGUCAGCAUCAUGUUCAGGGACGCAGGCAUCGCGGCGGGAGGACAGCUUUUUGUACUACGACGAGAAUUCAGCCGAGGAACAAGAUGUUGAGGACCGGGAAAGGAGCACAACUAUCGUCCGAAUUGAUGUUGACGAUGAGGAAAGAAAUCUCGAAGAGGACGACCACGACGAGAGCCUCAGCUCCGCCGCCGAGGAAAAAGCGGCGCAGAAAAUCCAACAUUUGAUGAAGCGGCAAACGGAUUUGUUCGGGAAAAAUACUAAAAACCAGUCUUCCUCCUCCACUUCCAGCAAUAGAAACAGCAACUUCUUAUUCGUGCAGAAACGGGAUUUUGAGAAGCUCGAAUCGGAGUUCAUCACCAGUUCAUCUGGUGGCAGUUUCUGUGGGGUGUCGUUCCUACAAGUAGAAAGAAACGACGACGAUGAGGAAAUGAGGGACAUCACAGGAGUAGGAGAUGAAAAUCAACAGCAAGUGUCAACAUCAGCCGCGACCACGAAGCGCUUAGCAGUGGUAUUGAACAACAUCCGACAGUUGAAAAAAGCGUUAAUCCAGUCGAAGCACGACUCGAAGCUGAAGAAGCAACUCGAAGUCCGGUUGAAACUUUUACAAGAAAAGCAAGACAAGUACAAGAAGCAGAUUUUUGAAUAUCCUGAGUAAAAACGUACCCACACCAGAGUCAGGAUGGGGAUUUUGCAACACAAACCUAGGAGUUUUGUGAGUCACGCAUGACAAGUUUCAGUCCGUAAGGUAGUGCAAGUUAGCAAGGAAAGCCGCAUCACAAAUCGAUCUGCUGAUCCUGUUUACAGCAUUACAAGUUCCCAAACACGAUUGAAAAUGCCUGUCAUGGGGUUGCGCAUCACAAAUGUUCCUGUCAUGGCAAAGUCGCAUGACAACUCUGGCGUGGGUACGUUUUUACUCAGGAUAUUGAAUUUAAGAAUUUCAUGGACGAAAAAAUCGACCAGAAAUUUAACCAGGAGGCGGAGCAUAUGAACUGCAAAAGCAUCGCACUCGUAGUGAUUGCAGAUAUGCAUGACAAACCUCCUUCCAAAGCUAAAACGGCAUGACAAAUUACAUUUGUCAUGCUAAGCUGAUUUGUAAUGCAAUUUCUACUAGUACAAGCAGAAGCACGACUAGUACGGUGCUUUUGCAAUCCAUAGAGCAUGAGAGACUGCAAAAGAAGUUUCUCCUCGCGAAAGCGGAGGAAUUGCAGGAGUUUGAGAAGGAACUGCAGAAGAAACAGAAAAAAAUCAUCGAGAACAAGCAGAAAGCGAUGCUGGAAAUCGAAAAGGAAUCGAAGACGAAGGAAAAGUCAUUAGCGAAAAAAAAUCUCGAAACGCAUAAGGCGGAAAUGCGGAAUGAGAUUUUGGAGCAGGAGGUGCAGAAAAUGGAGAAGAGAUUGUUUGAAGAGGAGGAGUUGCGGAAGAGAGACAGCGAAGAGAAACAAAAGGAGUUGGAAAAAGUGAAGGAGGAUCUGGUAACCCAACAAUCGUUAACCAACGCCUCGAAAAAGCAACUCGAGCAGAUGACAAAAGAUUUGCUGACCGCGGGGGGGACGAAGUUCCAGCACGACAAGAUCGCGAACGAGAACAAGAAUUUGAAACAGGAAGUGUCGCUGAUGGAAUCUCAUUUGCAAGAUGUGAAGAAAGACUUGGAAAAGGCGAAAAGACUUUUGAAGGAAGGGUUGCUGGUGAAAGAAGGUCAAAACGCCGGUGGGAGUCUGUCGUCAAAAAAAUCGCUCCAAGAGCAAGUGCUGGACGAAUUUGCACUGCUACAAGCGCACACCGACCAAUAUCGAAGAAGAAAACAUUGCUAGUGUAACUUUGUGAUGCGCAACAUGCAUACUUCUUGCGGCUGUCAUGCUAGAAAUGCAUUGCAAGGUCCACUCAAGCGCGUUUUCAUGUACCAUCUGCGCAUGACAGGUUAUUUUUGCUUUCAUGCCAGACAGAUUUGUAAUGCUGUUCCUCCAAAAAAGUUGCACCUACACUCUUUUUUUCUUGGAUAACCAACUGCACAGCUUCACCGACGAUUUCGUGUUUGAUGUGGUGGUAUGAAAUGCAAAUAUGUCUGGGUCUCCUGGAAACUUGUAAUGCUAAAAGUGAAUCGUAGACGCACUGCAAUGCGUAGCUACGCAUGACAAAUUUUUUGGCUGCCAUGUCUUACGUGUUCCGCCUGGCAAACUGCGUUUUUGCAUGACAGGCAAGAGGGUCUUUUCGCGCCUAUGCAAGACAGAUUCUCGAGUCAUGCCAGACAAGCAUGACAAACGUGCACUCUUCCAGACCCAGACACUUUUGCAGUUCAUAGGUGGUGAAGUCGCGACUGAAGCGGGAGACGAGGCAGCUGAAGAUUAUUGCAAGGAAAAAUCCCCCCUCCCCAUAUCAAAACGGAAUUUCUGAUGCUGGAUUUGUGUACACAAAUCAGCUUUGUAUUGCAGGAAGGCAGUGCGGCCAGAUCCCCAGGCUAAGUAGGGGCGUAUGGGUCUAGUUGUUCAGCAUGACAAACGGCUCCCCUUUAGGCCCGACAGCGUGGCAAAUCGCUUCCAUAAUGGGGCGGAAGCUUCUGCCCUUGUCUUCUUGCAAGACAGAUGUGAUUUGUGGCCUCAAAUCAGCAACACCAACACAAAUCUUCGGGAGCAUGCCCUUUCAAUAUGGGGAGGGGGGGCUUUUCAUUUUGAUAAAGAUGCUCCAGGAUUUGGUGGAAUUAAGCGGGAUCAACGAGGCGAGGAAAUUGAAGAUGCAAACGACAACAAAUAAAAAUGACGGAACGACAACUGGAAGCAGGGGCGGUGAACUAGAUCAGGAUGGGAAAGACCGACCUCUUGGAGCUGUGGACGAAAGGGACACUUCUGGCACGAGGACCGGCCUUGAGCUGCAACAGACGCAUGAAAAGACCUCCUCUUCUUUCUUUCCCAACGCAACAACCUUGUUCGAGCUGGAUGCGUUUAAUGAGGAUUUUUUUCAGGUUUUGAAACAAACGAAACCGGCGAUUGGGGCGUGAUGAUGAUGAUGAUGAAAAUUAUGGGGAUCAUCAUGUGGAGCACGACCGCGGGGCAAUUGCACAAAACGUGAGCUCUACAACUUGCACUAGUAUAGCGGAACUUGUUCAAGAUCAAGAUGAACGUGAUGAACUUGUGACUCUAUCGUUCUGUAGGAUUUAUUUUCAAUGUUACUUUUUACCAAUAAUCUCAGCUGCAGUAGUUCCUUGUUUUGGAACAGCAGUUGCGCUAGCAAGCCGUUCUUAAAGAAGCCAUAAUCGAUAGUAGACAUUGCCGAGCAGAGUCUGCAACUGCAAGGAUCUUUUUUGUUGUAGAAUUACAGUUAAAUUUCAAAGUUAAAGUAGACGACGAAGAGCACGAGGAUGCCAGAAGAGGCUAAAACGCACAAGAGGAUGCUAAAAAUUAUGUUUCGAGCGACUUUAGUUACGAAAGCGAGCCAGAAGUACAAGUAGAGAAGUAACGAUAGAACAUGAACCGCAAAAGGCCAAUGGCAAAAUGCAUGAUGAUGUCCUAGUGGGUCGACUACGUAGAAG